AUGCUUCAUCCUAUUUCCUCCUAUUCGAUAUAUAAAAAUUAUGAUCCACCUCCUAUGAACGUUUGGGUGGUCGUCACAGCGCCAGUUAGAAUAGACUUGGCUGGAGGCUGGUCUGAUACUCCCCCAAUUGCUUAUGAACAUGGAGGAAAAGUUGUAAAUUUGGCUGUAAAGAUUGACGGCAAGGUUGGUCAAUAUAUCACAAAUCAUUUUGAACAGCGCGAAUGCAAACGUGACCAUACUAACUCGAGACAAAACAAAGCGACCUCUAUGCGCAAAAGCACGACGUAUAUCAAGGUGACUAUUUUGCCCGAAAAACCCGAACUAUUAUCUUUAUGUAACUGUCAUGUUCGCUUAUCUUCUUGUUUUAUCCGAAAAAGUCGCGAAAUCAUCCUGACAACGUCGGGAUUGUCAUCCUAUAAUUCCCAAACAAUAACAUCUCUUUCUGAAAUCCUAACGUAUUCGGACCCGACAACCCGUUUUGCUCUGCUUAAAGCAUGUUUGAUUUGUUCAGAGGUUAUUUGUGAAACGGGAGAUUUGAACGAACAAUUAGAGAAAUUUGGGGGAGGUGUCGAAAUUGUCGCUAGGUCAGAUGUGCCGCAAGGAAGUGGCUUAGGAGUGAGCAGCAUUCUCGCUGGCACGCUACUGAUAGCUCUGGCUGCAUUACGCGGCAGAGUAUAUGAUUCCGAAAGUUUAAUCUAUGCCGUGUUGAAAGUGGAACAGAUGAUGACGACCGGCGGUGGAUGGCAAGAUCAAGUCGGAGGAUUGAUCCCUGGAAUAAAAUAUGGAUAUUCAGAAGCUAAAGCUCCUUUGACGGUAUCGUGGACCCAAAUUCCAAUAUCGCCGUCAUUUCUGCAAACAUUCGAAUCUCGGUUGGUCUUGAUAUACACAGGGAAAAGUCGUCUAGCGAAGAAUUUAUUGAAUACCGUGAUUGAGAGAUGGAGGGUCAGAGAUGCAGAUUUAGUGAAAGUUUUCGAUCAAUUGACUCGCGAGGCUGAAAGCGUUGUCGAGGGACUGAGAAGUGAAUCCCUCACAAAAAUCGGCACUUAUCUCUCAUCGUACCAUUCCUUGAAACACUUUCUUUCUUCUCCGAAUAACGAACCGCCGACUAUCCCAGCACUCUUGGCAUCCCUUAACCCUCUUAGUCAUGGCCUGGCUUUGUGUGGCGCAGGGGGAGGGGGAUUUUUAUUUGCUUUAUUAAAAGAGGGUAUUAGAAUAGAAGACAUUCAAGAGAUCGUCAAGCGAAUUGAGAAUGAUAUUAAAGGGAACGAGUGCACGGAAAGUGUCAACAUGAACGUUUAUAGAGUACAAAUAGAUUUUGAAGAAGUAAUUGCAAAGUGGGAACAAUAG